CACACAUCUCUGUACAGACAUUUGCUAUCUAAAACAAGUUCUCUUAGAGGAAGCCGAAAAAAAAACCUCACUUAUAGAUGGAAGAAGCAAGCUCGAUAAAGCUAGGUAGCUCUUUGAAAGUUCCUAGCGUCCGAGAGCUGGCAAAACAAGAACGAGCAGCCGUUCCGCCGCGAUAUGUUCGUGAUGAUAUCGAAAAGACAUCCUCUUCCAUAUUAUUGCCUCAAGUUCCAGUUAUUGACAUGGAAAAACUGCUGGAAAUUGGAGAUGAUGAUUCAGAGCUUGAGAGGCUUCAUCUUGCUUGCAAAGAAUGGGGAUUUUUCCAGGUGGUGAAUCAUGGGGUGAGUUCAUCAUUGGUGGAGAAAGUGAAGUCCGAAAUCCAAGCAUUUUUCGAUCUACCAUUGGAAGAGAAGAAGAAGUUUGAGCAACAAGGAGAUAUUGAAGGAUUCGGGCAAGCCUUUGUUUUCUCUGAAGAGCAAAAGUUAGACUGGGGUGACUUGUUUUACAUGAUCACUCUCCCUACCAAUUUGAGAAAACCUCACUUAUUUCCUAAGCUCCCUGUCUCACUUAGGGACAUAAUGGAAGCACACUGCAAAGAAUUCAAGAACCUAGCAAUAAGCAUCCUGGGUCAAUUGGCAAAGGCUUUAAGGAUGGAUGAAAAGGAAAUGAGAGAUUUAUCCAGUGAUGGUAUGCAGAUAAUAAGGAUGAAUUAUUAUCCACCUUGCCCUGAGCCACACAAAACCAUUGGCAUAAGUCCCCAUUCUGAUGCUGAUGCUCUCACCAUCCUUCUCCAAUUGAAUGAAACUGAAGGUCUUCAAGUUCGAAAAGACGGUAUCUGGUUGCCUGUAAAACCCCUCCCAAAUGCUUUCAUUGUGAACGUUGGUGAUAUGAUGGAGAUAUUGAGUAAUGGUGUUUAUAGAAGCAUUGAGCACAGAGCAGUAAACUCAAACACAAAGAGGCUGUCUCUUGCAACAUUCUAUGUCUUUAACCUCGACUCUGAAUUGGGACCUGCAUACAGCCUCAUUGGACCAAAUAAUCCUCCCAUUUUCCGAAGAGUUCCCGUACAAAAAUAUUUGCAGGAUUUUCUUGCACGAAAACUUGAUGGAAAAUCGUUCAUUGAUCGCAUGAAGGUAGAGACAGAAGAUGACGAAUCCUAGGUAGCAUUUGAUACUCUACUUGGGUAUUACCUGAUUUAUAUCCGGUGAAAUUAAAUUUUGUAUAAGUUACUCUUGCUAUUGUAAUUUCAAGUUUCAAUAUUUGAUGACGGUAAUAAAGAAGAAAAACAGGGUACUGUUCUAUGUUCUACUAUAUUAUGAUGGUUAUUAUCUUA